GGAAGCGCACCGGUCCCGGCGGGGCGGCCGCGGACAUGUGCAGGAUGUCGUUCAAGAAGGAAACCCCACUUGCCAACGCGGUGUUCUGGGCAGCGAGGAGGGGCAACUUGGCUCUGCUCCGGCUGCUGCUGAACAGUGGCCGAGUGGACGUGGACUGCAGGGACAGUCACGGCACAACGCUCCUCAUGGUUGCCUCCUAUGCUGGCCACAUAGGCUGUGUGAGGGAGCUCGUCCUGCAGGGAGCUGACAUCAAUCUCCAGAGAGAGUCAGGUACAACUGCCCUGUUCUUUGCUGCUCAACAAGGACAUAAUGAUGUCGUGAGAUUUCUCUUUGAAUUUGGAGCAUCCACUGAAUUUAGGACCAAAGAUGGGGGCACUGCCCUGCUGGCCGCCAGUCAGUAUGGGCACAUGAAGGUGGUGGAGACCUUGCUGAAGCACGGAGCCAACAUCCACGACCAACUUUAUGAUGGAGCCACCGCACUCUUCCUAGCUGCUCAAGGUGGUUAUUUGGAUGUGAUUCGAUUACUGUUGUCCUCGGGAGCAAAAGUCAACCAGCCGAGGCAGGACGGCACGGCGCCGCUGUGGAUCGCGUCGCAGAUGGGCCACAGCGAGGUGGUACGGGUGAUGCUGCUGCGCGGAGCCGACCGCGACGCCGCCCGCCACGAUGGUACAACAGCAUUACUGAAAGCAGCCAACAAAGGGUAUAAUGAUGUUAUAAAAGAGUUGCUGAAAUUCUCACCCACCCUCGGUAUUUUGAAGAAUGGGACCUCGGCACUCCACGUGGCAGUGCUCAGCGGAAAUAUUAAGGCAGUUGCGCUGCUCCUGGAAGCAGGGGCAGACCCCGCCCUGAGAAACAAGGCCAAUGAACUUCCAGCAGAACUAACCAAAAAUGAACGUAUAUUGCAUCUCCUCCGAAGUAAAGAAGGACACAGGAAGAGCUAACUUAGUUUCAUAUUCGACUGAAAGAUAGAAACCUUCAUCAUAUUGUCCAAAAAGAAAUUGCUUUUCAAAUAGUGUUGACUAUUCCUAGAAGGAAGAAAACGCCCAGAAUGCCCAUGCUGGGUCCCUGACCAAGAAGAGCUGUGCUAUGUGCCCUGACUCAAGAGCAGAGCAGCUCAGGGACCCCUUCCUCUCAUGUACUGGGCUUCUCACACUGGCCUGUAGCCCCACUCCAGGGGGCCUGGCAUGUUCGUGGAUUCCACAGAAACUCGUUUUAAACUACAUCAACUUGGGUCUUUCAGCUAAACUCUAAGAUAGAGUUAAACCCUCUGUCUUAAAAAUAGAAACAGAAAGGAAACAGAAAGCUUUGUUCCUUUAAAAAGACUGAAAGUCUGACCUUCAGUGAAUUGGUGCACUUUUGCUUUUGUGUUAAAUGUAUGUGUGCUCAAAGAUAUGUAUUUUACAUAUAUGUCAUUCCAGUGUAAAAUGUUCUCCUCUAUGAAUCAAUAAUGUAUAAAGUUAUAUUAUUGAAAAGCCACUUCUGACAUUCCACCAUGUGCUUUUCAAAGAUGGACUGUUGAACUAUAAAAAAAAGAAAAAUUGUUCAUUUUUACCUGGAGUCAAUGUUGUAGGUAUGAUAGGAUACAAGUGGCAAAUUUGGAAAUUCAGAAAAUUACAAACCACAAGAAAUGUAGGCUUGUCUCUUCGAACCGUUACUUUGGGUCUAUUGCUGGGAAUCUAUUUCCUGUGCCGUAACUAAGUAGACUUAAUAUGCUGUGGAAUCUUGA